AUGCGCCUCCACAACCGCUCGGUCAUGAAGGAGCUCCUGCUGCAGGUGUUCCUGGUGGCCCUCGCCCACUGCCAGGACGAGAGGCGCUACCUCGACAGGACCUACGUCCAGAGGCUGCCUCCGGACGGGGGCCCUGCCCCGACGGCCCCCAGGAUCGAGGAUCUCUACCUCGACAAGUACCUCGAAACUCAAGACCCCAAGUACUUCGAUCCGCUGAGGUACCCUACCCAGCCUAUCGAUCCUCUCUUGCCCCAGAGGGACAGAGAUGGCACCCCGGUGGACGUCCGAACCGAUUACAUUCCUCAAGGGAGGGUCACCUUCCUCCUGGAACAGGCCAAUGAUGAGCUGUCCCGGUUCUGUAACAACGACGUUACGGCCCACUGGGAGUUCGAGACCAAUAUAAACGAGGCGACGCAGAUAAGAGCGGUAAGUUCCCAUUGUACUUUAUCAGCACUUGCUCCAUUUAAGGACUAUUUUAGAGAACGCCUUCUGCACUACACCAUAAUUUCCAAUAUAUGA